AUGAAGUACGCCAUCAAACUCGCCGCCGUCACGGUGGUUGGCCUCGGCUCGGUUGCUCGGGCUGACCACGCCAUCGAAGGUGCAACUGGUUCCGCCGAGAUCAUCAACAACUGCCAGAAAACCGUCUACCUCCACUCGGUUGGCGACUCGGAUGGCCCAGAGCAUGUCAUCCCCCCGGGACAGUCCUGGAGCGAGCGGUACAAGCAAAAGGAGGGUGGUGGAGGACCAUCGCUCAAGAUCAGGACCGAGGGUACCGCCAUCAUCCAGUUCGAAUAUUCAGCCUUCCCGGACCAGGUUUGGUACAACCUGAGCUACGUCGACUGCUGGAACCAGGCAACUCACUCGGGCGACCGCUGCCCCUUCUGGAACGACUCUUUCGUCGUCGAGAGUCCCGGUGGCCAGCCCAACAUCCCCUGCCCGACCGGCAAGAGCUGCAACUACGUCUACAGGUGCCCCUACGAUGACCACGGACCCGGUGUUUCCACCAUUGCCGGUGGCCCCGUUGUCAACAUGUUGGAUCCCACGCAGAACAUCAAGCUGCACCUGUGUCCCUGCGAGAAGGACCCCAACUCGGGCGCCUGCCAGAUGGCCAAGGGCCCAGGCCUGCCAGUUGAUGAGUCCCGUACCGCCGGCAUGGAGGGCGUCAAUUCGUGCCCUGGUUUAGGCGGUGCCGGAAGGGGAUCCACGGGAUCUACCCACGUCCCUGUCAUCGUCCCAGGACCUGGCUCACCCCAGUUACCCUCCUCGGAGGACGACUAUGUCCCUACCAACCUCGAAAGUCAGUACGGUUCGCCCGAUGGCUAUGGUUCGCCCGACGCUUACGGUGCUCCCGAUGGCUAUGGUUCGCCUGACGGUUACGGUUCUCCCGAUGGCUACGGUUCUUCCGAUGGCUACGGUUCGCUUAUUGGCCACGUUUUCCAGGCUUAG